ACAUCUCAUCUUCCAUACAAUAUUGAAAACAUCAUUAUGAGGGAAACUUUCCGUGCUAUGCUUGUUCUAGUUGCUGUAUUGUUCUUUGGAGCUGCAGAAUUUUGUUCCGGUCGGAACACGAGCUUUAGCUGUAUAGAAAAGGAGAAAGAAGCCCUCUUGAAGUUCAAACUUUGUUUCCAUGAUCCAUCGCAUGUGUUGUCUUCUUGGAAAGGCAAUGACUGUUGUGAAUGGAGAGGAGUAGGCUGUGAUAAAAAUAAUGGAUAUGUUAUCUCGCUUCAACUCAAGGGAUCAGUAUUUGCUAAUCAACAACUUCAAUUGUAUUUGAUUGACGAUGUAGAGGAGGUUGGUUCAAGUUUGCUCAAGUUGAGAUACUUGGAACACCUGGACUUGAGCCACAAUAAUUUCAAUGGUAAUCUUAUUCCACCCUCCUUUGGCUCGAUGAAGCAGUUGAGAUACCUAAAUCUCUCUUGUGCACAAUUUAGAGGAAGAAUUCCUGGUGAACUUGGAAAUCUUACAAGGCUUCAUGUCCUUGAUCUUUCUCAGUAUUAUUUUGGCCUUGAUCUUACUAAUUAUUAUUUUGGGGGAUUGAAGGUUGAUGAUGACAUUCAAUGGAUUUCUCGUUUCUCUUCUUUGCAACAACUUGAUAUGAAUGGAGUAAAUCUAAGCCAUGCCUCAUCAAACUUGUUCCAGGUACUUGGCAUGCUUCCUUCACUAUCAUGGUUAAGUUUGUCAACAUGUAGUCUCAAUAAUUGUCACUUGCCAUCUUACAACCAUCCCUUUAAUUUUACAUUGCUUAGCAAUAUUCAACACUUAGAUCUUUCAGAUAACUUUUUCCAAGAUAGCAUUGGGCAACUUUCUAAGUUAGAAAGCAUAGAUCUCUCUUACAAUCAAUUGAAUGGAAGUAUUCCGAAUAGCAUCGGACAACUUUCUAAGUUAAAGAGCAUAAAUCUUUGUGCCAAUCAAUUGAGUGGGAGUAUUCUAGAUAACAUCAGGCCACUUUCUAAGUUAGAAAGCAUAAAUCUUUAUGCCAAUCAAUUGAAUGGGAGUAUUCCAGAUAGCAUUGGCCAACUUGCUAAGUUAAAGAGCAUAGAUCUUUCUGCCAAUCAAUUGAGUGGGAGUAUUCCAGAUAGCAUCGGCCAACUUGCUAAGUUAGAGAGCAUAGAUCUUUCUGCCAAUCAAUUGAGUGGGAGUAUUCCAGAUAGCAUCGGCCAACUUGCUAAGUUAGAGAGCAUAGAUCUUUAUGCCAAUCAAUUGAGUGGGAGUAUUCCAGAUAGCAUCGGCCAACUUGCUAAGUUAGAGAGCAUAGAUCUUUAUGCCAAUCAAUUGAAUGGGAGCAUUCCAGAUAGCAUCGGCCAACUUGCUAAGUUAAAGAGCAUAGAUCUUUGUGCCAAUCAAUUGAAUGGGAGCAUUCCAGAUAGCAUCGGCCAACUUGCUAAGUUAGAGAGCAUAGAUCUUUCUAACAAUCAAUUGAGUGGGAGCAUUCUAGAUAGCAUCGGUCAACUUGCUAAGUUAGAGAGCAUAGAUGUUUAUGCCAAUCAAUUAAGUGGGAGAAUUCCAGAUAGCAUCGGCCAACUUGCUAAGUUAAAGAGCAUAGAUCUUUCUACCAAUCAAUUGAGUGGGAGCAUUCCAGAUAGCAUCGGCCAACUUUCUAACUUGGAGGGCAUAUAUCUUUCUUACAAUCAAUUGAGUGGGAGCAUUCCAGAUAGUAUCGGCCAACUUGAUCUUGCAGAUAACAAUCUGACAGGAAGGAUUCCUCCUUGUUUUGGAAAGUUUCCGAUUAUGGUGAAUGCAAGAAAAUUGAGCUAUGACCAUUGGGAUCAAGAAUUUUGGGUGGAGGAUGUACUACAAACCGACCUCGGGAAUUGGGAUCAGGCACCUUUGAGAGAGGUUGUGAAAGGGAGAUAUCUUGAGUAUAGACAAAUGACUCUGAAACUUGAGGUUAUUAUGGAUCUUUCAAGUAACAAUCUAAUAGGACCUAUACCAGAGGAGCUAAUUUUCCUUAAGGAUUUGCAUAGUUUGAAUCUAUCUUGGAAUCAUCUCUCAGGAAAGAUUCCAGAGAAAAUUGGACAAAUGGAGAAUUUGGAAUCUCUUGAUUUCUCCAAGAAUGGCCUCUCAGGAACAAUCCCGAAUAGCAUGUCAAGUUUAACCAAAUUAAGCCACCUCAACUUGUCCUACAACAAUUUGUCAGGCCAAAUUCCAACAGGUUAUCAACUCCAAACACUUGAAGAUCCAACCAUGUAUGUAGGCAACCCUCAACUCUGUGGAGCUCCACUCCUGAAGAAAUGCUCAAACGAUACAUUACCCCCGGCAAUUGCCAACUUCAAGGACAACGAUCAAAGCAAACUUAAAAGAAUGUGGUUUUACAUUGUCGUGAUGUUAGGCUUUGCAAUUGGAUUUUGGGGAGUCGUGGGAACUUUGAUUUUUGUGAAAAGUUGGAGAUAUGCUUAUUUUCAAUGGGUUGAUGAUGUCCAACAUUGGAUACUUGUGGUUAUAACAUUGAAGGUGGCACGAUUCAAAAAGAUGUUCAAUGGCAACCCGAGAUGAUUAAUAAGUUAUAUAUAGAGUGUUGUUGAUGCUACAUUUAUUAUUAAAUUAGUUAAACAACCCCAUGUUGUAGCGUAUGGUGUCAAGUCCAACUUUGAAUGGCAUAAUAUUGAAUAGGCCAAUUUUAAAUGAAUAAAUAAGUAUUGGAGUU